UGCAGCUACAACGGCGUUCAUUGAAUGCAUAUCUCAAGACCAGUUCAGAUACGAACUUCUCUUCUCUGAACAAAGUGAAGUGCUUAGAACUGAUCGAGCAAGAUCCAAAGCGGCACAGGCAAAGGUCCAGCAGUCACCGCUUAUUGCUAAACCUGGCCAACAUUGGCAACCUGCAGCGGACAAAGUCGAUGAGUAUCUCGCACAUUGUGACAAGAUUUGUCAGUUGGUGCCACAGGAUUUUGAGGAUCGUGUUAAAAUCGCAUAUGCAGCUCAUGCAGCUCUCAUGUGCCUUGUGAUUUGCAAUGUGCAGAUGGCAAUCAUCAAAAGGCAUCGUGAGUUAUGGCUAGCCGUGGACUCUACCCCCCCUCCCACUGACAACCAUGAGCCACCUCCUAUCUCAAAGCCAUCAGAGCGCGAACUAUUUCAGAAUCCGGACAAACUGCAUGGGAAACAAUUCGUCCUCUCACCACAUACAGAUGAAUCUGGAGUGUACAAGGUUAUUGGGUAUCACAAGAGAAGGGAUAAUUCGGUCCAGUAUGAUGUGCUUUUUGAUGACUGUGAGGACCCAAUCUUGGUCGAUGCGGGGGAGAUGAUGAGGAUGUUGGAGGACAGCCUUUACAUCCCUAAUUGAUCAAGGCAGUUUAUCUCCUUAGUACUAUUCUUUGUCCUGGCUUAUUAAUUAGUCGGUUUCAUGACAACUGUGUAUAUCUGGAG